AGCGACGCGUUGAACACAAACGCCGACACCGAGACAACAAGAAUCGCGUUUUUCAAAAUAUUGAAAUUGCGAAUUCUAGCCUACAAAAAAUAAACUCAGUGUGACGUACUUAUAGUUGUAAAGGAGUGAGAGUGUGUGGAAAACUGGAAAGUGCGCAAAUGCCGUUGCCGGCCUGCGCCUGAGUUGAUUUUCACUUUCUACGCGACGGGACACACUCAGAGAUGACUCCCAGUCCACGGAUAUAUGCCAUACUGUGGAUGUGCGCCCUUGCCGUCAUGUGCACAGCGGCGGACUCCGACAACACCACUACUACGAAGGCCAUACGUACUACAAUCCUACCUUCACGGACCACCAGAACUGAACUCAAAGUAUCCAGAAGCCUCAAUCCCCAUGAAACUCAAACUCUGAAUGUCAAAACUAGAUCCGGGCACAUGACGCAACUCAUUGUCAAGAAGAAAGACAAAUCUACCACUCAUGUUACAAGUACUACACCGACCCCCACUACGGUGGCCGUAAAAACUACUGUAGCUACCAACAUCACUGACGAGGCUAAAAAUAAAACUGAAACUCGGGAUCAGAGAAAACUAACGUUCCCUGGAUCAACAGUCAACAGCGAUUUAGCUGGAUUUGAUUAUUACCUAAAUCGCAACAAGAACAACGAUGAACCCAGUGACAUUCAGGCUGAAUAUGGAAAUUGGUCACCAGUGUCAGUGUACCCCGAAUCACAUAUUCAAGAAGAUGGUAAAAAAACUGAGACUGAUCCUGAUACUGAAAGUUACUAUCCCACCUACGACAACGAAAAGAGAACGGAAAACAAGAAGGUUUACAUUACCUCGACAAGCUUUAUGGACUACAGUCCCAUCAAGAAUUACAGAUUUGACCCUCACAAUCCUGUGAUAAAGAAUGAUAGGAAUCCUGUGUAUAUUGAAGUAGUAAGCACCAAAGUAUCCGAUGGCGAAGGAAAAUCGUUCAAUACGCGUGUACCCGAUCCUGUUGUUAUUAGUUCUGAGGCCAUGUACGUAAAGAAAGCUCUCGAGAAGUACAAUAAUAAACGCGGAAGAUCAAUAUUAACACUCGGCGAAGAUGGCAUCCCCGAAAUUCAAGGUGUAAGAAUGCCUGAUGAUGAAUCCGACAAAAAGGUAUGGAGAAACGCUAGAGUUGUCAAUGGUGAACUGCUGCCCUAUCCCGGAGGAUAUACACCACCAAAAGCAAUUCCUGAAGCUGAUGUCUACCCAGCUGAUGCUACAUCUACCGAUCCUGCUCAGAAUUUCGGUCCUUUCACCAAAGAAGAUAAUUUCGAACACAAAGACGGACCUUUCACUAAGUUCGACAACCUGAAAUUCGAUACCGGUGACGUUAUCGAACCCUACAUACCACACGACAGCCCUGCAUUUAUGUUCAAACACAAAAAAGAUAACUAUUAUGUCAAGUCCGGGUACGGUCCUUUCACCAAAGCCGAUAAUUCGAAAGUUGCCAAUUCCAAGCUCAUUGAAUAUAUUAAACAAAUUAACGAGCAGGAGGCGAAACGCGAUUACUUCAGCGGGCGAAGUUCCAGAGCUCAUAAUGGGGACAUGGAUUAUUCUGAGAGUCAUAUUCAAAGACGUAUGCUUCAACAUCCUGGAGAAGUUAGCUUUCCUAACUCUCUCAUGUAUACUCCAAAAAGUGCUCAGCCUAGUUUCGACGAAAGCGUAAGGAAUCCUGUUCUUCAAUAUGCUCACCCAGAACUAGGAGUUCAGCCAGCGAAAGCGACAAAUAACGAUUACGAAAACAAAGAUCGAAAGGUGAAAUACUACACGACUAACGUACCGAAAAGUGCCCAUCCAUAUCCCAUGGAACCAAUCAACGGUUACGGCCAGCAACGCUCGCAGAGCACAAGUACCUCCGCGAACAGAUUUUACGAAGACGAAUACAACAAGUUCUCUUAUUACGACCACAGUAACCACGCUCCAAACAACUACGCUCCCAGCAGCCACGCUCCCAGCAACCACGCUACCAGCCCUACAAAAUACCCUUACUAUCGCUACGUAAAAAGAGUACCUGAGCCUUCUUUGUGGUCUCGACUCACUAACUCCAUGAAGGACACUAUCAAUACUGCUAGCCAAACAGUUCAAUCAUUCACAAGACCAAUAAUUGAUCCCAUUGCCAAAGUAACUCAACCUGUUUUGGAACCGAUUGUUGAAGCAACGCAUAAAAUUUCGCAUAACCUUGGAUUGUACCCUGCGUCAUCUAUACAAAGUCAGAGAUAUGCCCAGGAUAAGAUCGGCGUAGUUACAGCUGCAGCAGGCACACCCGCUGUAUUGCCAGCCAUAGGCCUAAUGGCGGGAGGUGCUGCAUUAGGCCUUGGAGCGAUGGCUGUUGGUAGAUUUUUGGAUGUCAACUUGAUGCGCACUGGUAUGUUAGGCGAGGAAGAACAAGAAGAACUGGAUAAGGAACAUAAACGCUCCUUUAUCGACACGCCGUAUGAUAUCGACAGCAAAAUCAUAAGCAAAAAAAAAGUUUACGAUGACAACUAUAAAAUGCCAAGUGAGAAUGUUUAUGUGGUGAUGUCUCCUGAUGGCGAAAGUGCGCGUGCAAAGCGUGAUUUAUUCAGUUUAUAUGAACCAGUUCAUCAAAGCAGUCAUAGGGUUAGGCGGCGUAUAACGAGGGCGCUUACUGAAUACAUUCCUGACGAUCUACAGCACCUUGAUGGAAACCCAAUGUCAUCGUCACUGACCACAGCGGCAAUGGAUAUGGUAAAGCAGACUGACUGGCGAGACACGCAGUGCGCCAAGUUCACAUUCUGCAAAGUAUUGACAUCACAGCACCCAGAUUCCAUAUUUGCGAUGGAAAAGAAAAUGGAGUCGUUACUUAAACUACUUUCCCGCGGCAGCGACGGCGCAAUGGCAGCGACAGUGGCACACCAGCUUGGCGACGUGAUGGCUGCGAGCCGCGACCACGAUUGCUCACGAUUCCAAUGCACAACACUGCACUGAUACACCACUUCACGGUGACUAGUGGAUAUCAUACGAUUACAUGUCUAAAGGAGGAUCACCUGAUAGUGACUUAUGAUGAAGAUUAUUUUACUAUUAAGGGCAUAUUCGCUAGUGAAUAUUCGAACAGUAAAGAAUAUUAGAGCAGUAGAAGCAUACACAUAGAGAUUACAUUAGUCUCUGAGUAGAUAUAAUUUUACUGCUUUUUGACGGUGCUAAUUCUUAAGUGUGUAUUCACCAAAGCGCCCUAAAUUCUGCACGUUAACAAAAUUAUAUCAAAUACGAGUCACACUUAACACCAAGUAUAGUUGUAACUCAAAAGUUGAUAGAAUUGAGAAGACAUGAUUCGAAAGUUAAAAAAAAACACUGAAUGGAUCUUAUUGCGAAUAAUGUGAUUAUUUUUAUUUAUACAAAAUACUUAGUUAUCCAUUUAUAAAUGAGGAUAUAAAUUUAUAUUUAUUCAGUAAUUUUUUGAACUUUCAAAUCGUGUUUUAUCAAUUACAUAAUUUUUAGUUACGACAUUUAUUAGGUUUUAUGUGCAGAGUAUUCUAC